CCUCAUUCCACGUCUACCUUUAUCAACGAUUCCAACGCCUGCGCUUUCGCCAUCCUUUGAUAAUAUCGACUUUAGUUUUUUAACAAUUUUAUUUCCUGAAUCACUUGAACAAAAUGGCACCCAAAGCUGCUGAAAAGAAGCCCAGCACUGGCGGCAAGGCCCCGGCUGGCGGCAAGGCCCCCGCUGAGAAGAAGGAAGCUGGCAAGAAGACUGCGGCUGCUGCCUCUGGUGACAAGAAGAAGCGCGGAAAGACCAGGAAGGAGACCUACUCUUCUUACAUCUACAAGGUCUUGAAGCAGGUUCAUCCCGAUACUGGAAUUUCCACUCGUGCCAUGUCUAUUCUGAACUCCUUUGUCAAUGACAUCUUCGAGCGUGUCGCAACCGAGGCCUCCAAACUGGCUGCUUAUAACAAGAAGUCCACUAUCUCGUCAAGGGAGAUUCAGACCUCUGUCAGACUUAUCCUGCCUGGUGAACUGGCGAAGCAUGCCGUGUCGGAAGGCACCAAGGCCGUGACGAAGUACUCCUCUUCUGCCAAAUAAGCUGUUUUCUUUUCUGUUGUUUGUUUUUAUGCAGGAUUGUCUUUUACUACCUCGUUAUCUGUUAUGGUUUGAGGUGGUGGGUACAGGGUGUUCGCGGGAUUUUUAAUGCGUCACGGGAUGGCUUUGUUUUUCCCCAUUGGGCCAAAUGUUUUUCAUGGUUUUAUUUGAGACGUGAAUGCGUUGUAACAUAACUCGGUGCUCCUGGGUCUGGUUGCGCAGUAGCAACUUUCAAACUAGGGUUCGAAAUUUG